AUGGCUGAGGAAAGGCAAAGAACACCAACAGCGCCGCCCUCUGCAAACACGGCAAACGAGGAAGAGCCACAUAUAGCCGUCUUGGUUCUCGAUACUCCAAUCCCAGGUUUAGCUUCAAAACAUGGCGAUUUUGGUGAUUGCACAAUCAAUCUCUUAAAAGGCCCAGCUGACCCACCAUACCAGUUGAAAAAAUAUUACUUGAAGCCUCUCCUUCCACCAUCGUCGACCAACACUGUGACAAGCACUGAGCGUGAUGAUGAAGAUGAAGGUAAAUGUAAAGCUGAAGCUGAGGCUGAAGCUAAGGGUGAUGGUGAUGGUGAUGGUGAUGACGCCAAGACAUUGGAGAAAGAAGAAUUAGCAGCUCUUGAACCCACAUACACUGCACUCCUCUCUGCUAUACACAACCAUCGAAUUAGAGGAUUCAUUCUUACCGGCUCCGCUAGUGAUGCGUUUGGAACAUAUCCUUGGCUCACCAAGUUUCGCUCAUUCUUGAAAAACUCUAUAUUGCGUCUUCCCUGGCCAGUUGUGGGGAUCUGCUUUGGCCACCAAGUGAUUGCACAAGCAUUGGGGUGCAAAGUUGAUAGAAGUAAUCAAGGCUGGGAAUUGGGCAUCACCACCAUUGAAUUGAAUGAUGAGAUCUAUAAGCUCAGCAACACUCCAUUCUUGGAGUUGAGUCGAGAAGAAGAUGUCGAAGUCAAACAAGAGGAUGGUAAUAGUCAUUUGAUUGAAGAAGGCACUAGGCGGGAAAGAAUCUUAUACCAGCACUUGAACUUGGUUGAAUUUCAUCGGGAUAUAGUUUAUGGUGGGCUUCCCUCUGGGUUUAUCAACAUUGGGUCGACUUCAAAAUGCUCGAUCCAAGGAAUGAUUAGCACAAACAACGGUGGUGACGUUUAUGCUGGUAAUGCAGAUAGCAAUGCUCAAAAGUCCCUCAUGAUUGGUGGUACCACCGGCGCACCUAUUGCUACAACUAUAGGAGCCGUGCAAAGAAAUUGUCCAAUUUUGACAUUCCAAGGUCAUCCAGAGUUUACCUCGGACUUUUCAUUGGACUUGCUACAAUACAAAUAUGAAAAAUUAGGCGUAUUGACCGAGAAAGAAUAUGAAAAAGCAAAGUAUCACACUUCGACAUUAAACAAUCAGGGAGACUUAAUUGGAAAGGUUAUUUGCAAGUUUCUUUUCCAAGAAAAUCAGGAAAAUCAAUAA